AUCUGCAGGAUUCGGUUCCUUAGCGCCCACACCUUCCAUAAACCACCAUUCUAUAUAAACUCUUUCACAACCAGUGCAACCCAUCAUCCAAAACAAUCAUCAUACAUAUUUGUGUUUGACUUUACAGUUUUUCGCAACAGAAUACAAUGGCAUCAAAUCCAGAUCUUAAAACCAAAGAACAGCUUGCGGAGAAGGCCGCAAGAACCGCGGCGGAUGAGCUUGGAGAGGUCAAUCGGCAGGGCGGUGCCGGCGGUGAAGUGGUGGUGGAACGCCAUGAAAAGGUUACAACGGAAGAAACCCGUCCUGGUAUUAUUAGCAGCAUAUUUAAUACGGUGACCGGGACGUUAGGCCACGCUAAAGACGCGGUGACCGGAAAAACCCAAGAAGCGGCGGAGAAGACGUCGGAGGUUAGCGGGGAAGCCGCGGAGAAAGCGAAAGGGACGGGGGCGGAUGCGAAAGAGAAGGCGGUGGAGUAUAAGGAUUAUGCGGCGGAUAGGACGAAAGAGGCCGCGGAUGUGACCGCAGAAAAGGCAAAAGAAGGGAGGGAUUAUGCCGCCGAGAAGGGGCGGGAGGUGGCGGAUAAGGCGGUGGAGUAUAAGGACUAUGCGGCGGAGAGAACGAAAGAAGCGGCGGGUGUGACCGCGGAAAAGGCGAAAGAAGGGAAGGAUUAUGCGGUACAGAAAGGGCAGGAGGCUGCGGACAAGGCGGGGGAGUAUAAGGAUAUUGCCGCGGAGAAAGCGCGAGAAGCGAAGGACACGACAAUGGGGAAGGCGGGAGAGUACAAGGAUUAUACCGCGCAGAAGACAAAGGAGGCCGCGGAUGUGACCGCGGAGAAAGCGAAAGAAUCGAAAGACACGACAAUAGGGUACAAGGAUUAUACUGCGCAGAAGACAAAGGAGGCCGCGGAUGUGACCGCAGAGAAAGCGAAAGAAGCGAAGGACACAACAAUAGGGAAGGUUGGAGAGUAUAAGGACUAUUCCGUACAGAAAACAAAAGAAGGUGCGAAUUUGGCGGUCGACAAGGCGGCGGCCGCGAAGGACUACACGGUCGACACAGCGGUAGCUGCGAAGGACUACACGGCAGAGAAGGCGAAAGAAGCGAAAGAUGCAGCUAUGGAGAAGGCUAAACAAGCGAAGGACUACACGGUCGACACAGCGGUAGCCACAAAGGACUACACGGUCGACAAGGCAAUAGAAGCAAAAGACGCCACAGUGAAUACGACGUCCGAAUACGGAAAAACCGCUGCUCAAAAGGCAUAUGAUGCCAAGGACUACACGGUCGACAAAGCCGCGGCCACCAAGGACUACACCGUGGACAAGGCGGCAGCCACCAAGGACUACACGGCGGAGAAAGCGAAAGAAGGGAAGGAUACGUCGGUCGGAAAGAUGGCCGAAUUGAAGGACGCGGCGGCGGGUGCCGCAAAGAAAGCCAUGGAUAUGUUAACCGGAAAGAAAGAGGAGGCCAAGGAGAAGUUGUCCGAAACUACCGACUCCACAAAGGCAAAGUUUGAUGAAACAACAAAAGAGGAUGCAAGGAAGCGAAUGGAGGCAAUGAACCUGAAGAAUGAUGAUGCCGACACCGCUGCGGUGGCGGCUAUGGAGGUUGAUAAGAGAGCACCGUUGGGAACGGGGGUGGUGGCGGCGGUGGACGUGGAGGACACACCGUUGGGGACGACGGGAGAGGUGCUACGGCGAGCCCAAGUGAGACAGAUGGAAGAGGAGCCACGACGGUGAUAGGGUGUUUGCUGUUUGUUGUGUUGAUGGUUUAAAUGUUUGGUUUGUGGAUUGUGUUCGUUGGGUUUUUCUUUGGUUAUGCGGUUUGUGUUUUCUGUACUGUAUUUUCGGUUUGUUUGUUUUAUGUUACAGUUUAUUACUAAUAUCAAGAACAUUGUACUUGGUUAUUUUACUUGUUUUAUAAUCUAACACGAAUCUUGGUUAUGA